CGGAACGGCACUUUACAAAAUCGCAAUGAGUUAUUACUCUCCAGCUCCAGUCAUUUCAGUGGGCGCUCCUACCGUAAACGGGUCAUUUGGGUCCGCUUUGACGCUCUGUUUAGCGCGCAUUUUUAUGUGAGAAACCAAAUUAAUUUGUCCAAUCAGUACUGCUUUCAAGAGUAGCCUGUACUGCUUUUUGAAUAUGCUUUGGAGCCUGAAAUAAAGGUGGAGUCGGUAGACGGCCAUACCGGUAAGCCACAUUACCACCAGGCAAUACACACCGGCACAUAUCCACACUGACCUAUCUAAUCUGCCCAACCAUGCCCAUGCAGAUUGCUGAUCAAAAGGCAGCGCUCUUGUCGGAGUCUCUGGUCCAGAUUUCCCAGCAAUUAUUUGCUCCAACGAGAACCACAUCUGAAGCAGCUGACUGAGUAUCCAUCUGGUGAUAGCUCCUGCGUUUAGUUUACACUCCCCAAUAGAGGUGGCUCCAACAGUGUCCGUCGUAAACCCCUCUGGGCAUCUUAAACAACCAGCGCUGCUUGGCCAUCCGGUGCUACCCCGAUAAUAUCCCCGUGGACAUUUAUAGCAGCCAUCAUCAUAUGUGUAUGGUGCACGGGAUGCUGUGCCAUCAGGACAGGGGUGACAAAUCAACUUGUAUGGUAGGAGUGCUUCUGCUGAGCUGUCCUUGAAGCUUGAAUUCAAUAGGCUUUCGAAAUUGAGACCGCGUAAUACCGGUUUGGUUGUGAAUGUGAAAGUUCCAGGAGGACAGAUAACACUCAAACGGGUUGCCACUAUGGUCGACUCGAAGGGAUCUUCAAGGUUCAGUUGAUUUUCUAAAUCCUCUAAAAGGUACAUAUCCAAACUGUGUUUUAGGUGGGCAUGUAGAUAACUCAAUUCUCCGUUUGUCGGAUCGGCCAAAAGACUCAAAGGUGACACAGACAAUUCUAUUUGCACACCAAGCUCUGUGUACCCUAAGGCGGUCGACUGAACUAGUGGCAUACGUUCUUUGAGGCCAGAAAGUUUAACGAAGGGUCUGCGAUGUUCAUAAAUGCCGCUGCAUGCCCGAGCAACAUGUCUUUUUAUGGAGCGUUGCUUGUAACACCAAUUUGUGACUGGUUUAAGCAGUACGCUUCUGUUUUCGAACUCAAUCUCCGGUGGAACUGCGUAGUUCCAAAUGAUUAUCGGUUGCACAUAGAUCAUGAAUGUAAAAAAAACCUGCCUCCCGAUUCGGCUUUUUCGUUCGAUUACUUUCCAAGGGUCUCGAUAUCCGAUAACUGUGCUAGUUUGAAGUUCACUGCAUGUGACAGAAUCCAUGUGUCUAACCUUUAGAAUUUGGUUGGUUCCACCGAUCCAACUCCUAUACUCUGGCAUCAGACUCAUCGGUUUCUCCGUUGGAGGAGUGGGUCGUGCCGCAUACUGAGUCACAGAUAGUUCGCUAGCUUCAAAUGGAGGGACAUGAAUCAACAGAAUCUCACCCACAUGGAGUAGGUUCCCAAGACGAUCAUACCAUGCCGCAAUGGAGUUGGAAGUAAAAUUUGUAUCCAGUUCCCGGUUCUCUCGAACCCACCACUCAGGAGAUUCCCGUUUAUGGAGCUGUCGCAGUUUACAUGGGAGAGAAACCAAUUUUCCGGCGGGCAGCCAAACCAUGUGAUGCGUUUUACACUGACUGGUAACAAGAAAAAAAGCCAGACAAGCCCAGCUCCAUGGGAUUUUCAUCUGGGUUAUUUCGUUUAUACGUUGCCGGAAUGUUUUGUUCACUCUGUGUGUGGAUAAUUUGAAUAUCGCCGAUCGAUGAUGUGGUGCCAGAGUGUAAGCAAGAAUCCUCCAUAUGCGCCAGUUAAUUCAUCUUCAUGUCGGCCAAGCCGGAGUCCAAACUGCGAAUGCGCUUUGGGAGCUAUACUGCUUAGAACAUCAGAUUCAGCCAGACGGACGACAAAUAGCUAGCGCGUUCGAUCAACUCCAAGCUAAAAUUAAUGCCGCAAAAGCUCAGGGAUUGCCACGUUUGGAUCUCGAAGAUUUGAAUGUGACUAACUUGGAAGCUCCGGAAAUUAAAGAUGAACUAAACAAAAUCCUUCCCAAUGAAGGACGAACGAACACACAGGCUGCUUCGCAGGCACGAGACUUCGACAACGGUGCUUAUGAGACGUUGUUCGCAACGACCCCAAGUGGCCAGUUUGUUCCGAGAGCCAUACUUGUGGACUCAGAACCAUCUGUCAUUGACGAAGUGCGCAACGGGAUGUACCGGUGUUUGUACCAUCCACAUGAUCUAAUCACGCACAAUGAGGACUGCUCUAAUAAUUUUGCAAGAGGAAACAUCACGAUUGGAAAGAAAAUGAUUGACAAGAUCAUGGAGAGAGUACGCAAAGCUGUAGAACAAACAGAUCUACUUCAGGGAUUUGUCGCGACCCAUAGUUGUUCUGGUGGCACUGGUGGAGGUCUGACGGCAUAUAUUUUCCAAUGCCUUUCUUCUGACUAUGAGAAAAAUAGCAUCGUACAAUUGCCAAUUUAUCCGUCACCACAACACGCAAACACCAUAGUGGAGCCAUACAAUACAGUUUUACACUUGGAUCAAGCUGUGGAUGCGGUCAAGCUCUCAACGAUGAUGGACAAUGAAGCCAUUGGUGAGGUGUGCCGUCGAAAUCUGAUGCACCGCCAACCAACAUUCCACACACUUAACCAAGUAAUCGCUCUUCUGACAAGUUCCUUACUAUCGCCUAUUCGUUAUCCUGGUUGUCUUACUGCUGGCCUUCCGGAAUUGGAAACAAACCUGGUACCGUUUCCUCGGAUACACUUCCCAAUCUUGAGGCACGCACCAUUUCUACACUACUCACAUUCAACCCAUCAGCCUACGAUUGAUCAGCUGGUUCAGAAUGUGUUUAGUUCAGCCGGUCAAACUGUCAAAUGUGAUCUGAAUAGAGGAAAGUUUAUGGCCUGCGUGCUUUCAUUUCGAGGUCUUGUAGGUCCUCGACUGGUUAACAGUGCGCUUACUCGUGUCAAGGCAACUCCACAUUAUGAAUUCGUUGACUGGUGCCCCACAGGUGUGAAGGUCAAUUUAGUAGCACAACCGCCAAUUUUCAUGGCUUACGACUCACACAUGGCUCCUACAGACUGUUCCGUGACUAUGCUGGCCAACACGACUGCUAUCCGGAGUGUUUGGAGUACGGUGGGUGCGAAAUUCGAUAUGAUGUUCAGUAGACGUUGUUUCGUUCACUGGUUUCUAAAUGAAGGAUUAGAAGAAGCGGAACUUCAAGAAGCCAGAGAAACUCUUGCUUCGAUUGAAAACGACUACAGGGAGAUCAAUUUAUCCGGAGAUAAGAACCGGAACUUUGCAUCUACCCUCAGCAAACCCGUACUGAAGAGGCAUAAGCGUGCUGGUUGGAGAACUUCGAAAACGGAGGACAAUGUAUCCAGUUUGUCUCCGUCUGAUUCUGCAAUGGAUGAUAGUAGUAUCUUUGAACCUGCUCGAAGGAUUAGGGAGAAAGGGGAAAAUGCGGACUGCAGUUUGGAGUUCUUGAAGGAUUUGUCCCAAACAAAUCGACUUAAAAGGGAACGUUGGACUGUUGUGAAGUAAAAGGUACUGUGUAUCACUUAGUUCGAAUAGAAUACCAAGUCGAAUGUGGGAAUGACUUGACACAGCAUCUUCAGAUACAUCUUUUAUCUCUACAUAUUUCUAUGCUUUGCUCUAUACGAAAUUGGUCUUUGUGGACAGCUGGGAUUUUACGUUUCUGUGCAAUCGCUUAUUUGCACGAAGCCUGUCAUAUUUGUUUUUAAC